AAUACAAAUCUAUUAAACCCUGAAAACCUGUUUCAGUAGCUAAUAAGGGAAAAGAGUGAGAACCGAACCAAAAAGGGCUCUCCCUCCUCCAUCAACGCCAUCGGCGAUAGCUACCCCCUCCCACCUUUUUGCGAUCAGCUUUCGGCUAGCCAAGGCUAGCAAUGUUUUGGGCGCUGGUGAAGCCUCAGGUCGCGAAACAUAUCUUUUCCUCUCAACCGUGACUGUGGCAGCCAUUAUUGCCUUAACUUGUUUAGCUUUUGAAACCCAAUAUCUGCAUUAAAAACGAGAAAUACGUACUACAUAGGGCAGACUUAAAAAAUGGAAGAAGAAGAAGAAUCAUUGGGACCUAAUGGCCCUGGAAUUAGGGUUUCGCAGUUUGAUUAUUUGGUAGAGAAUCACUUCAAAGCUAUGAACACGAUUGCUAAGCUUUGUGGCGAACCAGAGUCUGAUUCUCUUGACGAAUCAGAAAUUCAAUGCUUAUAUUCUUCAAUAACAUUCUUAAGAGAAUGGAGAUAUUACAAUUACGAACCAAGAACAGUUAGAUUUGCUGGUGAAAUGAAAAAUUUUCAGGAGAGAAGUUUUCUUCAUGAAAUAAAUUUACCUCAGUUUUCAUCAUCAACUGUUCCAAAGAAGAAGAGACUAGAUGGGGGAACUACGAUUCCAGAAUCUAGCAAAGACUUUGUGAUGUAUGUUGGAGGGUCUGUCUGGGCAUUGGAUUGGUGUCCUAGGGCUCAUGAAAAACCUAAUUUUCAUAUCAAAUGUGAGUAUGUUGCUGUUGCUGCCCAUCCUCCUGACUCUUAUUAUCACAAGCUAGGCACAUUGCUUACUGGUAGAGGUGUCGUUCAGAUAUGGUGUAUUCUAAAUGUCAGUGAUGAGAAUGAGGAGGUAGCACCUCCAGUAAAAAAGCCAAAACGGGGAAUGCAAUAUAAUAAUUUUUCUGGUGAUAAAUCAACUCUAAUAAAGAAGCCAAGAGGUAGACCUAGAAAGCAGCUAAUACAAGAAUCUCCAAAUGGCGAAGCCACAAAGGAGAAAUCUACUGAAUUCAAGAGACCAAGAGGUAGACCUAGAAAGCAGCAAAUAGAAGAAUCUCUCAAUGGCGAAGCCACAAAGGAGAAAGUUACUGAAUUAAAGAGGUUAAGAGGUAGAUCUAGAAAGCUGCAACUAGAAGAAUCCCCCAAUGGUGAAACCACAAGGGAGAACCGAGAGCAGCAAAUAGAAGAAUCUCCCAACGAUGAAGCCACAAAGGAAAAGUCUAUUCAAUUCAAGAGACCAAGACGGCAGGAAACAGAAACAUCUUGCAAUGAUGAAGCCACAGAGGAUAAAUUAACUCAACUCAAGAGAUCAAAACGACAACCUAGAAAGAAGGCAAUCAAUAAAUCUCUUGACAGUUUAGAGUGCAAUAAUCAAUAUGUUGAAGCCCUUGCUGUCCAAUGUCCAGAAGAUUCAUCUCAAUCGCCUGCUAUAGAAGUAGUUUUUAAGAAUACCCAAGAAAUAACUUCAGAGGUAAACAAAGGCAAACGACGAGAAAGUUAUGCCAAAGCACUUUCUUCAUGUAAUUUACCUCUUGAAAAUACUGUGCAGAGUAGACAACUUGAAACUGAGGCAAGGGCAAACGAUAAAUGUGCUGGUGUUCUUUUCCCACCAUUAGUGACUCAAAAUAAAGAUGAUGAAUCUUUCAAUAUGAACCAUCAAAUACAUAAAUACUGUAUACAGGACCCUGUGCUUAAUUGUGGUCUAGAUAUUGCUUCUUCAAAUAUCAACUCAAAUUCUUUUUCUAUUCCAAAGGAUGUUGCUUUGCCAAGAGUUGUUUUGUGCCUAGCUCAUAAUGGAAAAGUUGUUUGGGAUGUGAAAUGGCGGCCUUGUCAUGCAUCUGAUUCCAAAUGCCAUCAUCGGAUGGGUUAUCUUGCUGUUUUGCUAGGAAAUGGAUCUCUAGAAGUAUGGGAUGUUCCUCUUCCUCAUGCGGUGAAAAUUAUUUAUUCUUCUUCUCAUAAUGAAGAUACUGAUCCUCGCUUUGUAAAAUUGAAGCCAGUAUUCAGAUGUUCAUUUGCUAAAUGUGGAGAAAUGCAGAGCAUCCCUUUGACGGUGGAGUGGUCAACUUCAUAUCCACAUGACUACUUACUUGUUGGAUGCCAUGAUGGAACUGUUGCUUUAUGGAAGUUCUCUGCGAGUGGCACGUCUGAAGAUACGAGGCCUUUGCUAUGUUUCAGUGCAGAUACAUAUGCUAUUAGAGCAGUUGCAUGGGCUCCAUUUGAAAGUGAUCAUGAGAGUUCAAAUGUUAUACUUACUGCUGGACACGGAGGCCUGAAGUUUUGGGACAUACGUGAUCCAUUUCGACCUUUGUGGGAACACCAUCCACUAAAAUCCAUUUACAGUUUGGAUUGGCUGCCAGAUCCAAGAUCUAUUAUCCUAUCCUCGGAUGAUGGAACAAUGACACUCCUCAGCUUGGUGAAGUUUGCAUCUGAUGGCCAUGUUAAUGGAAAACCUCCUCAGGAGUCUAAACAACCAGGAUUGCAUAAUAUUUAUUGUUCAACCUCCUUUGCUAUCUGGAAUGUUCAAGUGUCAAGAAAAACAGGCAUGGUUGCAUAUUGUGGUGCAGACGGUAGCGUUUGCCACUUCCAGCUCACCAAAAAGGCAGUAGAGAAAGAUGCAUCGAGACAUCGUGCUCCUCAUUUUAUGGCUGGGUCCCUAAGUAAAGAUGAUGAAUCGGCCAUUACAGUUAACACUCCAUUACAGGAUGCUUCUUUAACUCUGAAGAAGCCAGUUAAGAAUGCCAAGGACAAUCAACAAUGCAUGCAAAGCUUAUUUGACUCAGACCAGACAAAGACAGCAAAUAGCAAUAAGGCAGAAAAAGCACCAGUUGCUGAUAAUCAAGUAUCAGCAUGUUUGUGCGAUGGCGAGGAUCCGGGCAGGCAAUCUGGAUUCAAUGAAACAUUAGCAGCUCUGAAAAGUAGAAUUAAACCAAAAUCCAAAAAAACUGGUAAUAAAAUUGACGGAGAGGAUAAAGCAUCGAUAUGCAUAGAUGAAAGACAAGAUGGGGUACAGGAGAGAGAAAGUGAAAAGGGAAAAGCUGCGAACAAAUUUGAAGUUCUCCCUCCUGAUAUUGUUGCAAUGCAUAGAGUUAGAUGGAAUAUGAACAAAGGUAGUGAGAGAUGGUUGUGUUCUGGAGGAGCAGCAGGAAUUUUACGGUGUCAGGAAAUUAAAUAAUCUGAUAUUAUGUGUAUAUAUAUACUAUAUUAGCAGGAAAAAAUAAAAAUAAAAAUAAAAUAGUAACUUAUAAUAGUUUCUCUAUCUUCCAUGCACUCUGGCUGUUCUCUUUGAUGAUUAUUCUUUUAUAGUUUCUCUUUUUGGUUUAACCUUACAAAAUGGUACCUCACUGCAUCUUACUUAAAAAUAUUUAAGUGGGAGUUACUAUUUAGUCCCUGUUGUUUAGUGAAAUAGACCCUCGGCUUUUUGAAUAA